AUGGCUUCCCCUAUUAUGAAACAACUAGACCAACUCUUGAUUAAAGAACUAAAACAAGAGCUUCGGUAUCGAGGUCUAAAGCUUGGUGGUAGCAAGGAGACACUUACAGCUCGUCUCCGGCAGGCCCUGAUUGAGGAAGAAGACCCGGACAGUUAUCAAUUCGAAGUAGGGCCAGAUAUAACUGAACUCCUAGGUAAGAUGCAGGAAAAGAUGGAUACACUUGAUAUAGGGAUUAGAACCAUGCAGGACAAAAUAGACACACUCGAUUCAGGUAUCAGGACUGAAUUGGUAUCGGUUAACCAGAAAAUAACCACGAUGGAGAUCACGAUGAACCAGAGAGUCGAUGUGGUAGAAAAAGACAUAGAAGAACUGAAAGUUCAAGUUAGAGAAGGGCUCAGCAAGGCGCCGGUGAGUAAUACAGGAUCAAUGUUACCCGAAGGGCUUGUAAAGAUGAAUACAGGAUCAAUGUUACCCGAAGGGCUUGUAAAGAUGAAACCCCCUGUGUUUGAUGGGUCCGUCUCCUGGUCAGUCUACAGAAGACAGUUUGAGGCAGCUGCUAAGGUCAACAAAUGGGGCAGCGAGGAAGAAAAAGCGACCGCUCUAGUACUGGCCCUUAGAGGAAAGGCUUCCGAAGUAGUCCAAUCCAUUCCAAACCAGCAGGAUUAUGCUGCUCUCGUCCAGGCUAUGGAGCACGAGGACGAGCACUUACAGGAAGUUUAUAGGGUCCAGCUGAAGACCAGACAACAGCGGGUCAGUGAAACCCUACAAGAGCUAAAGACGGACAUUGAACGACUUGCCCAUCUGGCAUACCCCACAGCAGCACAGGAGUUCCUCGAAGUAAUCGUCACUGAUGCCUUCAUCGAUGCCGUUCGAGAUCCAGAGCUAAAAAAGGUUAUUAGAGUUAGUGGCAAGCGUAAGGCCAGCGAAGCCCUUGUGUACGCUCUGUCCUACGAAGCCGCUAAGAACGCAUCCAUCAACAGUCAUCAUGGUCGGAGACUGGAAGUUCAGGAAGAAGAUUUAACACAAGUACUCAGACGGAUGACGGAGGUUCUUGAAGAGUAUAAGCCAAGCCGGUCACAGGGAGCUCAUCGUGCGACCAGGGUCCGUUGCUGGAACUGUGGUGAAUCUGGGCAUAUACAAAGGAUGUGUAGAAGAACACCUAAUCAGCAAGAAGCGACUCAGCACAGAUCAGAAACGGGUGCAUGGCCUGGAGCCAAUGGCUAUCAGGAAAACUAA